CAGUCAAUCAACAUGGCACGUACCAAGCAGACUGCACGCAAGUCUACUGGAGGCAAGGCUCCCCGCAAGCAGUUGGCCACCAAGGCAGCACGUAAGUCUGCCCCUGCUACCGGAGGUGUCAAGAAGCCCCAUCGUUACAGGCCUGGAACUGUCGCCCUUCGUGAGAUCCGUCGUUACCAGAAGAGCACAGAGCUCCUGAUCCGCAAGCUGCCCUUCCAGCGUCUUGUCCGUGAGAUUGCCCAAGACUUCAAGACUGACCUCCGCUUCCAGUCGUCUGCUGUCAUGGCUCUGCAGGAGGCCUCCGAGGCUUACCUGGUUGGCCUUUUCGAGGACACCAACCUGUGUGCCAUUCACGCUAAGCGCGUGACCAUUAUGCCCAAGGAUAUCCAACUUGCUCGUCGUAUUCGCGGAGAGCGCGCCUAAGCUUUUGGUUGCUUGCUUGUUUCCUUGCAUCCCAAAACCAACCUUGGCCCUUUUCAGGGCCUA